CUCUCUUUAACAGGUGCAAAGUCUGGAAUGGGUGAUGGGCAUGAUGUGGCAAACCUCCAUCCAGGAGCCUUGUUAUACCGAGCAGCAGAACACCGCUAUCUGCCGACCAUGGCUGAUGCCCUGGCACAUGGCGCAGAUGUGAACUGGGUGCACAGUGAGGAGGAUGGGCGCACCCCCCUUAUACAGGCCGUUCUCUCUGAUUCUCUUGUUGCCUGUGAAUUUCUUCUACAGAAUGGGGCCAAUGUAAACCAGGUGGACCGGGAUGGGCGAGGACCCCUCCAUCAUGCCACCCUCCAGGGGUACACAGGGCUGGCCUGUCUGUUCCUGAAGCGAGGAGCCGAUAGCAAUGCCCUGGACAGUGCCGGGAAAGAUGUCCUCUCCAUUGCCAUAGAAGCUGCGAAUGCUGACAUAGUCACAUUGCUACGAUUGGUGAAGAUGAGGGAGGCGGACAUUGCACUUGGACAAUCAGGGGAUGAGACCUAUCAGGAUAUAUUUCGGGACUUCUCUUUGAUGGCUUCUGAUGCUCCAGAGAAGUUAUCCCGGAGAAGCUGUGACCCCCGGCUGAGUACUCUCUGACAGAGUGAAGGAAGCACCAGAGACUUUACUAAGAAAUAGACAUUUUAUUGAGGCCAUCAUAGAUCCGCAGUGGAGGAGAUCUGCAGCGAGAUGACGGGGGCCGAGCGCUGAUAGUCCAGCAGUUCUCCCAAUGUGUCAGCCUUGGCCUCCUGAGGUUUCCUCCUGUCCUCACCAGUGAGGACCUUCACCCUUUCUUCUAGUGGAGACCAAUGAUAACAAGAUGGCACCUCCAGCCCUGUCCUAUAGUCUAAUACCACAGGAGUAUCUGGCAAAGGCUGCUCUACCCUGCACUCACAGCAGCCAUUAUCCAGAGUCCCGCCAUGUCUGGCUGCUGUUGGUGGUCCACCAUUAAGAGACUCCCUUGGUGUCCUGAAUUCUAAGCGGACAGUCCUUCUCUUGCAACAGAUUCCAGGUAAUGUGAGGAUGAUGAGGGCUCCAAGAAGAAAGAAGGAGCCGGAGAUGAGAAAAGACAAGGAGAAGUCUCCGGUCAGAUCACGGAGCCAACCUGCAAAGAAAAAGCAAACAAUCUGCAUCAUACAGUGUAUAUGGGGGCAGCCGUGAUCAUCUGAGGACCCAGUAUAUCCUGAACCCAAGAACUAACAAUCUGCGUCAUACGGUAUA